UUCCCCAUUGUUUUUCUGUCGGCCCAUCCUUUCCUCUGCACCUUUUGUCGCUUCCUUUCUUAACCCACAUGGACCUUCUGCGGAACAAUGAUGCAAACAUUUCUUCCGUCCCUCUCUUCCCACAGCUUUUCAUCCUCCUCCUUUCUUCCACUCUCCACCCAAGGCAGAUCUACAGUGCUUUGAAAGAGCCACAGCAGUCUUCUCUCCUCUCCGCCUUCACACUCUGCUCUCGUGUCCGCUUGCUAUCCUCUCCUCUUCUGUUUUCCGUGCCGCACUGGCCCCUCGCCAGCUAUGAAGAGUGCCUUCUUCCUGGCCGCCCUCGUGCGGCUUGUUGCCUCUCAAGGUGGUCACAAAGAACAGGGUGCUGAAGUGACCGGGCAUCAAGGCCACGGCGAGCCUUUCGAGGCACCUUUCAAGUUCUACUCACGCCUGAGCUACUACACACCCAAGGACUUCUUUGCCUCCGUGGUCGUCGAAGGUCCUGGCCUCGAAUAUGUUUCGCAUACCAGCGCUUUGGCAGUCAUCACUGCUGAGGAUUCCAAAGACGUUGUCGUUCCUUGGGGUCCCUUGGAGCUCCAGUAUCGAGCUCCGAAGUUCUUCAACGUCACCCACGCGGAAUACCACUUCCCCCUGACGAAGUUCCCUCCCCAAGCGGAACCGUAUCCACUUCGUCUGUGGGCUACUGGCGACGACGGAAAGCCCUUGUGCAACCUUCGAACCUUGCUUCGAGUCCUUCCAGAGCGCGAAGCAAAGAGUCUGGCUCGACAGGACCGACUUGAGGCUUCGAUAUUGGUUCAUAAGCCGGAUGUCAAUGGGGAAGAAGCUCAGACCUCCAAGCCUUCGGUGGCAACUCCGUCCCCAACUCCGUCCCCACUUCACCUGAAUCCCGACCUGGAGACAAAGCCACCUGCAAAGCAAGGGGCGGACGGCUAUCUUCCUGCAGGCUGGUGGCUAAAGGUUCUUCCCGCAACCGUGCACCAAACAACGUGGGAUCAUGUCCAGAAGAGCUGGGAGAACGGUAACCUGACCAACUGGCUCGAAGACAUCCAUAUGAAGGGCUUCAAUGUCAUUCAUCCGACGAAUGGAUCUCAACCGACUUCGGUGCCCUUCAACGCCGAGUUGAAGUACCAUGUUUCAAAGUUGGCUGGACUCAAGGACAUGUUUGUUCUCUAUGAGGUAGACUUUAUCUCCCCAGGCCACAACUUCAGGAAAUUUUUCUUAGUCGACAAGUUCCCCGAAGACUACGUUCACGCCAACUCCACAUUCAAUGAGACCUGGUGGAAGAGAGACCACAGCAAGGAUGCUGGCCAGCAGGAGUCGCACAACGAUGGCAAAGCGAAGGCUGGUUUCCUCCCUCUGAUUCACAAGGCUCCUGGAGGGCCUCCCCCUUUUCCUCUUCCCACCAAGUGUCCGAUACAUGCCGCUGCUCCGUCAGGUGCUCGGGUCAGCAUCGGUGGUGCAGCAACUGCUCAUGAUGCUACCGUCCUUGGCACUGGUGUCACAGCCUCGUCGGCGCAUGCCUCCGAAACACCUUCUCACACAGCGCCUCCCAACGAAUUGGACAAGGAGAAGAUUGCCUGGCAAGCCGCGGACACACUGAGGCGCCUCCUCGACCAAGUAUUCUCACCCCACGGCACCCAACAACAGCCCAACGCGAUCAAACUGAAAAUUGCUUGCGAAGGCGCCCGCACGCUCAAUCAGAUAAUUGAUUCGUACUUCACGGAGAAGCAUCAGGGUGCCCAGCCGCGCGAGCGUUCAAUAGACCAUCCACAUUCGGAAUUCCCACCCGGCUUCCCUGCAAACCGACGGCCGUUCCAUGGACCCUACUUCAACUCUUCGUUCCGCAAUGGUUCACAGUUCUCUGGGCAUUACCGAGGCAAUUCUACAGACCUUGAAAACACCGAUGAUGAGUCGCCGUCGUCCUCUGAAGGCGAUGUAUACGAGGAGCGCUCGCAGGAUCAAGAUGGGGACGACUGGUUUCAGGUUUGGAAUUCGGAGGAUCUGUAUCCUCAUGAAGACGAGAAACCCCAUGACGAUGACGAGAAACCCCAUGGCGAUGACAAAAACAGUACCCAGGUUCUUACCAACGAAGAGAAAUCCGAAAUCAUGUUCAACUUUCAGCGUACUCUGUACAACAUGCUGCACGAUGGGCAGGAUGCGCAAGACCUGAAGACUCCGACCGCUCGUGGUGAGUCAGGUGAGCAAGGAGACUUGCUGCAAGCUUUCGAACGCAAAGUCAGGUCUACUCUCGAUAGCUGGGUCGACCUUCAGCAGAAGCGCGAUGGUGAGCCCACUCAGCGGAGCCUCGAAGGUCUCUUGCGGGACCUCCAUGAUUGCGUGCACCACGAGAAUUGCGACGUUUCUGAGGAGGACUCCCUGAGCGAUGGUUGAGGCGCUUUGGAAAGUGGCGUUGAAGAGAUUGCAGUACGAGUUCGAGGAGGUGGUUGAUGAAGAGCACGGUCCGCCGUUGCUAAGACUACAGCUGAGCAUUGUUACCUUGACGUCUGUACUAUUGGGAUUGCAGCAGGAUCGCACGGGUGCGGAUCAUGGGGGUUAUGCGCACACAUGAACAGUGGCUUCGCGUCAGAGAGAAAUUCAUUGCAUACUUAUAUAACAUGCUCUUCCUCCGUUGGCAACAUCGUGCCACCUCUUUUGGGGUUUGGGUUGCUUCUGACUCUUGCGGGGGAGUUUUGAUGCAGCUGUAUGUUUCCCUACAGCGUAAGCCCGAGUCACAGCUUAUGCU